UAUGGGUCUGGGAUGUCACUUAUGGGUCCCUAUGAUGCACUUGUGGGUCUGGGUUGCCACUUAUGGGUCUCGGAUGCCACUUAUGGGUCACUAUGGGGCACUUGUGGGUCUGGGAUGUCACUUAUGGGUCACUGUGUGGCACUUAUGGGUCACUUAUGGGGCACUUGUGGGUGUGGGAUGUCACUUAUGGGUCCGAGGUGGCACUUAUGGGGCACUUAUGGGUCCGAGGUGGCACUUAUGGGUCGCUAUGGGGCACUUACGGGUCCAGGGUGGUCCUUAUGGGUCCAAGGUGGAAUGUAUGGGGCGCUUAUGGGUCUGAGGUGGCACUUAUGGGGCACUUGUGGGUCUGGGAUGUCACUUAUGGGUCCCUAUGAUGCACUUGUGGGUCUGGGUUGCCACUUACGGGGCACUUAUGGGUCCAAGGUGGCACUUAUGGGUCCGGGAUGUCACUUAUGGGGCACUUAUGGGUCUCAGGUGGCACUUAUGGGGCACUUAUGGGUCUGGGAUGUCACUUAUGGGGCACUGUGUGUCACUUAUGGGGCACUUAUGGGUCUGUGGGUCCGUUUGGCGCAGUUUCGGGCCACGCUGGCCGCCUGGUGGUUGGAUUCCUGGGCUCCGUUCCGUGCGCCAUCUUGCAGGGCCGCUUCCACCUCUAUGAGGGUUACAGCCCGGCCCAGGUCGUGACCCCGAUCCGUACCCUGCACCUUUUGGGGGUUCACACCUUGGUUUUGACCAACGCCGCCGGAGGUUUGGAUCCAAACCUGCAACCCGGGCAGCUGAUGGUCAUCAAGGAUCACAUCGACUUCCCAGGCAUGGCGGGAAGGAAUCCCCUGGUGGGACCCAACGACGAGAGGUCAGGGAGGGGGUCGUUAACGGGGGUUAAUUAG